CGGAGUCGCUGGGACCCUUUAGUCUGCAUGUGUUAGUUGUAAGCCCGCUGCCUCCCCGUCACUCCUCCGGUCUACCCUCCCUCCUUCCUUUCACCGCCACUGCCAGCCCGAGUGUCGGGCCGGUGGGUAACUCCCACUCCCACCCCACCCCACCCCACCCCACCGCACCCCACCCCACCCCACCCACAAGCCCGCGGGCCGGGACCAUGGAGGACGUGAAGCUGGAGUUCCCCUCGCUCCCACAGUGCAAAGAAGACGCCGAGGAGUGGACCUACCCUAUGAGACGAGAGAUGCAGGAAAUUUUGCCUGGAUUAUUUUUAGGCCCAUAUUCUUCUGCCAUGAAAAGCAAGCUACCUAUACUACAGAAACAUGGAAUAACUCAUAUAAUAUGUAUAAGACAAAAUAUUGAAGCAAACUUUAUUAAACCCAACUUUCAACAAUUAUUCAGAUAUUUAGUCUUGGAUUUUGCAGAUAAUCCAGUUGAAAAUAUAAUACGUUUUUUCCCCAUGACUGAAGAAUUUAUUGAUGGGAGCUUACAAAGUGGAGGAAAAGUUCUUGUCCAUGGGAAUGCAGGGAUCUCCAGGAGAGAUGCAUUUGCUUACAUUCAAGAAAGAAGAUUUUGUAUUAAUCCUAAUGCUGGAUUUGUCCAUCAGCUUCAGGAAUAUGAAGCCAUCUACCUAGCGAAAUUAACAAUACAGAUGAUGUCACCACUUCAGCCAGAAAGGUCGUUAUCUGUUCAUUCUGGCACCACAGGCAGUUUGAAGAGUACACAUGAAGAAGAAGAUGAUUUUGGAAACAUGCAAGUGGCGACUGUGCAGAAUGGCUGAUUCAAGAGCAACAGUAUAGAGGAUGUGAAUUUCUAUUUGGGAAGGAGAAAAUACUACAGACAGUAAUAAUGUAAAAUGGUAAAAACACAAGUAGUUUCUUUUCAAUUAUAUGUUGCUU